UAAAUCCUUUGCAAAUUUAUUUUUAGAAUUUCCAGUGUAUUCAUCAUGUCUAUAAGGAGGCACGACCGAAAACCUACAAAACCAAUCAUAAAAAAAUCAAAAUCCAAGAAAACCGUUGCCCAAAAACCAAAAACACCAAGCCAAAACCCGAUCGUAGUCGAAAAAUUACGCUUGCCUUGUAUCAGACGUGAAGAAUUCCACGAUAGCUUUUUAAGCUACGAUAAAAUCACCGAUUUUUUGAUAAAAGUACAAAAAGACCACCCCCGAUCAGUAAAUGUUGAAUCUAUUGGAGAUUCCAAAGAAGGCAAACCAAUCUGGAUAGUCCAAAUAACCUCAAUAAACAGCACAGAGAGUCCAAAACAAGUAACGUUCAUUGAAGCUGGACUGAACGGCGAAGACAUCUUUGCCGUGUCGAAUUGUCUCCAUAUAGUUGACCAUUUGUCGAGAAAUGAUAAUAGCGUACGCACAAUGGACUAUUUUAUUUGCCCUUGCGGAAAUCCAGAUGCGUACGAUAAAUUCAUUGAAACUAAGAUAAAGAAAGAGACGUCUGGUGAAACAGAGAAAGCACAAAAAAAGGGAAACAGAAGAGGUUCGAAUAAAAAUUGUUCUAAAACAAUGGUGUUUAAUAAAGUAAAUAGCAAUAAAGUCAAAGGUAAAGAAGAUCCUAAUGAAACUGAUGAAGCAAAAAAACAUAAUAAUAAGAAUGUGGAUGGUUUGCAUUGUAACAAGCAACAGGUGGAUAAUUUUGGAAUAGAUUUAACUAAUAACUUUCCAGUGAUCUUAGGAUUGAGUGACAUGGCAAAAAUAAAAAGUCACAUUUUUCUUGAAAAAAUCCAAGUUUGGAAAGAACACUACAUCAAAGACGCUCCCGAAACAGUGGCUCUACUAAGAACAAUCAACCAUUAUCAAUUCGCCAUUAAACUACUGAUUUCACUACAUGACGGUGGCGAAACCAUAAGCUAUCCUUUCGGCUUCACUUUGGAGAAAGAUCAAGAGUCCCGAGAUCUACAAGAAGUGGCCAAAAAGGGCAAAUGCGCAAUGCCUUGCAGAAAUUUCCAGUUCGGUUCCUACUACGACAUCCGCGGCAUGACUUAUGGCAUUCUAAUGGAUUUUCUCAAAAUCGACAAGGCCUCCAUUAAGUAUUUGUACGCUAUUCAAGUUCAUGCCAAGACGAAAAAAGGAAACGAAAAGCAAGAGAUGAAAACCUUGAGGGCUAAUGGCGUUCAAAUGAUGCAAUGUAUUAAAAGAAUGUCGUGUAGUGUUUAUAAGUUGUAUACAAAUAUGACUGGAAAUAAAGAGGUGGAAUUGGUUCGUACUAGACCAGGCAUAGUACGAAAGAAAUCAUUAUGAAAUUGUUUGUGAGUUUUAUUUGUUU